AUGACUGUCUUUGUUAGCACUGCUAUGGCUGGGAGUGCUAUUGCUGCCAUGACUGUCUUUGUUAGCACUGCUAUGGCUGGGAGUGCUAUUGCUGCCAUGACUGUCUUUGUUAGCACUGCUAUGGCUGGGAGUGCUAUGGCUGGGAGUGCUAUGGCUGGGAGUGCUCUGGCUGGGAGUGCUAUGGCUGGGAGUGCUAUUGCCGGGAGUGCUCUGACUGGGAGUGCUAUGGCUGGGAGUGCUAUGGCUGGGAGUGCUAUGGCUGGGAGUGCUAUGGCUGGGAGUGCUAUGGCUGGGAGUGCUCUGGCUGGGAGUGCUAUGGCUGGGAGUGCUAUGGCUGGGAGUGCUAUGGCUGGGAGUGCUAUGGCUGGGAGUGCUAUGGCUGGGAGUGCUAUGGCUGGGAGUGCUAAGGCUGGGAGUGCUAUGGCUGGGAGUGCUAUGGCUGUGAGUGCUAUGGCUGGGAGUGCUAUGGCUGGGAGUGCUAUGGCUGGGAGUGCUAAGGCUGGGAGUGCUAUGGCUGGGAGUGCUAUGGCUGGGAGUGCUAUGGCUGGGAGUGCUAUGGCUGGGAGUGCUAUGGCUGGGAGUGCUAUGGCUGGGAGUGCUAUGGCUGGGAGUGCUAUGGCUGGGAGUGCUAUGGCUGGGAGUGCUAUGGCUGGGAGUGCUAUGGCUGGGAGUGCUAUGGCUGGGAGUGCUAUGGCUGGGAGUUUCUACAUUUAA